AUGAACUCCAUCCAUCUACCAGCUCAUCAGAGAUUUCCAACAUCAAACCCACUCCAACCGCAUCCCAAAAGUGCCCAGGAAGCUCCGGAGAUGGCAGUGUAUUGUGACAACUUCAGCAUGUACCACCAGCAGAAUCUUCAUGCAUCUCAGAGGGCAUCCAACUAUGGAAUAGGGGACUAUGCUCCACCAACAAACCCCUAUUUGUGGCUUGGAGGUCCUGGAGUCAACAACUCAUCAAGUUACCUUCAUGGAAACAGCCCAUCUCCAUACAUGCCUGCAGCAUAUGGAUCCCAGCGACAGUUCUUACCAAAUUCAGCAGGUUUUGGUGGGUCAGAUCUCAGCUGGUUGUCAGUUGCAUCCCAGGAAGAAUUGAUGAAGAUGGUGAGGCCUCCAUAUUCUUAUUCUGCACUCAUUGCCAUGGCCAUACAACACACUCCAGAGAAGAAACUAACCCUGAGCCAGAUUUAUCAAUACGUGGCAGACAACUUCCCCUUCUAUAAGAAGAGUAAAGCUGGAUGGCAAAACUCUAUCAGGCAUAAUUUAUCUCUGAACGACUGCUUCAAGAAAGUUGCAAGAGAUGAAAGUGAUCCAGGUAAAGGAAACUACUGGAUGCUUGACUCCAACUGUGAAAAAAUGUUUGACAACGGCAACUUCCGCAGAAAGAGAAAAAGCAAAGCUGAUUCCAACUCAGCCAAGAGCGCUAAAGUCGAAGAUGACUUAAAAGACAGAAAAGACAAAGAAAGCUCGGUGUCUACCCCAUCAUCACCUGCUGUGGAGACUUCAUUGACACACGAUCUGAAGACUCCAUCACCACCGGCCGUUUCUUAUACGCCUUGCCUCAAUAACUUCUUCAACAGUAUUACAAACAUUGAAACAAACUCAGUGAACAAACAAGUGUCAUUGGGCCUGGUCAACGAACUCUCUCAGAGGAACAUCACAGGCUUGAACGGCUUCAACUCCGUCCCAACUGCGGAUCUGGCCGGAGAUGUACAGGACAAUAAUCUGUUCUAUAGCAGAAACUCAUAUUACAACUCUUUCUCUGCAACCAACCAGAAGCCCCAGUUCUUACAACAGCUACAAUCCCAACACUCUCAUAUAUAUGGGAGAUACUGA